GUGACAGAAGAUAGAGAUAGUUCUUCACUUCCCACUCUCACUUUAAGAUCUCCUACUUAUCUCUCUAUCUACUAUACACAUAUAUAUAUAUACACACACACACACAACCACAUCUAUAUAUAUACUUAUUCAUUCAUGCAUAUAUAUAUAUUUAAGUCCCUAUACAUACAACAAUAAGUAGUAAACUGAAGAACAAAACAAGCGAAUAAUAAAAAUGGACAAGUACGAGAUGGUGAAGGAUAUAGGAUCCGGCAACUUUGGUGUGGCGAGGCUUAUGAGGCACAAAGAAACCCAAGACCUUGUUGCCAUGAAAUACAUUGAAAGAGGACAUAAGAUUGACGAAAACGUGGCCAGAGAGAUUAUAAAUCACAGAUCCCUUUGUCAUCCGAAUAUAAUUCGGUUUAAGGAGGUGGUGUUGACACCCACCCAUCUAGCAAUUGUAAUGGAGUAUGCAGCUGGCGGGGAGCUUUUUGACCGUAUCUGCACAGCCGGAAGAUUCAGUGAAGAUGAGGCCAGAUAUUUCUUCCAGCAGUUGAUUUCCGGUGUCAAUUUUUGCCAUGCUAUGCAAAUAUGCCAUAGAGAUUUAAAGCUGGAAAAUACGCUGUUAGAUGGAAGCCCUGCACCACGCCUUAAAAUUUGUGAUUUUGGUUACUCAAAGUCGUCUCUGCUGCAUUCCAGACCUAAAUCCACGGUUGGAACUCCCGCCUAUAUAGCUCCAGAGGUCCUUUCUCGUCGAGAAUAUGACGGCAAGUUGGCUGAUGUAUGGUCAUGUGGAGUGACCCUCUAUGUAAUGUUGGUGGGAGCAUACCCUUUUGAAGACCCCGAUGACCCCAAGAAUUUCAGAAAGACAAUUGGACGAAUAAUGGCUGUUCAGUACAAAAUCCCCGACUAUGUUUACAUAUCUCAAGAUUGCAGACACCUGCUUUCUCGCAUAUUUGUUGCACAUCCUUCCAGGAGGCUCACAAUCAAAGAAAUCAAGAACCACCCAUGGUUCUUAAAGAACUUGCCAAGGGAACUUGCUGAGACUGCUCAAGCCAUGUAUUACCAGCGAAAUAACCCAAGCUUUUCCCUUCAGAGUGUUGACGAGAUAAUGAAAAUUGUGGGAGAGGCAAGAAACCCACCUCCAUCAUCUAGACCCGUGGGGGGUUUUGGCUGGGGAGCGGACGAGGAUGACAACGAAGAUGCAGAAGUGGAGGAUGAAGAAGUAGAGGUUGAAGACGAUGAUGAAGACGUCUAUGAUAAGACAGUCAAGACGGUCCAUGCAAGUGGGGAAUUUCAUAUCAGGUGAGCAGCAUCAUCUUUGUUUUUGUUAUCAGAUACUUGAAAUAUUAACUUGGUGGCAUUAGGAUUUUUCGUAUUUGUUUGUAUAAUAGGAAUAAAUACUUCAUCAUAAUCGGGGAUUAUUCGAUUGUGGACUUAAUUGACUCUGUGAGAUUAGUGUAUAAACUUUUGUGGUACUGGGCAUGUAAUCUAAUAAUCUAUCAUAUAUUGUACUAUAGACGGAAAUGUUGAUGCAUGUUGAUGAAAGGACAUUUUGUAUCGU